UAGAGAAAAAAAGAAAUCAAAUGUCUAUAAAAACGAUCAGACCUUCGUGAAGGUUCUAAUCUAUCAUCACAAUAACGCUUUAGUUCAGUUUCUUUUUAAGGCGUUAGCUAUUUAUAUGGAUGCCAUAUAAUAUAUGAGAACAAAAUCACAAAACAAAAGCCCUAAAUCAGAGAAAAAAAAAAUCAAAAUGGCUCCAACGAUCAAAACCAUGGGUGAGUACAAGACUCAACAAGUCUACUUCGUCGACUUCUUCGGACAGAACCUGGACGUCACUCAAACCGAGACUCCCUCCAUCAUCAGACGCUGGAUCUUUAACAUCAUCUACCGUCACCGUCGCUCGCGCUCUCCUCACCCUCUCGUCGUCGGAGUCGGCGUCCAGUGGACACCGUCGUGGCACUUCUCGCCGCCGGCGUACGACCGUGCAGCGGAUACUCUCCAGAUAUGCGUGGGAACGUCAGUUCUCAUCGUCCAGCUCUCUUACUGCAAGCGCGUCCCCAACAUCCUUCGACGGUUCCUCACGAAUCCAAACACGACUUUUGUCGGUUUCUGGAACAGCCAAGACGAGAGGAAGCUCAAGAUGACGAGGCACCGGUUGGAGAUCGGAGAGCUUCUUGAUGUGAGGAAGUACCUCGCGAAUCAAGAAGGUAGGAGUCUGAGCGGUCGUUCGUUUGAGAAGAUUGUUGAGGAGUGUAUGGGGCUUGAAGGGGUGAGGCUAGAUCGGAAGAUAAGCAAGAGUGAUUGGAGCGUGGGGUACCUUAGCAAUGAGCAGUUGAUUCAGGCGUCGGUGGAUGCUUACGUUUCUUUCAAGCUCGGUGUUGAUGCUCGUUUAUGGCAAGUUUGAAAGAUAUAUCUUUCUUCUUUUGUUAGGAUGUGGGAAACAAAGUUUGUAUUCACUCGUUAAUAAUGACACUUUAUUGUCUAAUCUUUAUAUU